AAAAGAACUAACUUCUUAAUUAAGUCUGAAAUGCAGAGGUUGAAUGUAAUAUAUAACCAGAAAUUCAUGUCCUGCAAAAAUCCUUCUAAUAUGUGGAAACUAUUUAAGGAAAUCACUGGUGGUAAGCAGAUAAACAAUAUUCCAUAUUCUUUUGAUGUAUGUACUCUUAACAAAUCUUUUAUUUACUCUCCCUCAAAUGCCAUGCUUCCCAGCAUCACUUGUGUUAAUAAUAGCCCCUUUCCAGGUUUUAACACAAAUGAUGUUCAAAAGUGCCUCAAGUCUCUAAACCCUUCCCAGAGCUUAGGUCCCGAUUAUGUACCUAGUAUUAUUUUUUAAAAAUGUUCUGAUAUUCUGUGU